AUGGGCAGCAAUGCGCUGGUCUCAAAAAACUUCUGGACCAGUGAAAGGGCAAACACAAAGCAGGCCAAUCCGCCUGGUGACAAGUUGUACAGGCUUCCUUAUCUGGACAAAAUCUUUGAAGAUUACGACUCGACUGCCUGGCCUAUGAACAACAAAGGUAUUCCGACGCCAGUGCGAGUAAGUGUGUACAUCAUGACGUUGGGCCCAAUAAACACAAACAAACUGACGUACGACCUGGACAUUCACCUGCAACAGUCAUGGCACGACCCGAGACUUAACCUGCGGCGCUUUGGAGUAAACCGGACGGUGGGGCUGAACGGUGCAGAGAUUGCGGACAAGAUCUGGAAGCCCGACCUGUACUUCAUGAACGCCAAGCGUGCACGCAAGCACGCCGUCACCAUGCCGAAUGAACUGGUGGACAUCACACCAGAUGGAGACGUCUACUACACAAUGAGGCUCACGCUAGAGUUAGCCUGUCCAAUGAGAUUCAGGCGUUAUCCACUUGACAUCCAGAGAUGCCCCCUGACCAUUAGCACUUAUUCAGAGACAACUAAAAGAGCCAUUCUGGUAUGGGAAGACGUCGAUCCAGUGUUCUUCGAGGGUGAAGUGCAAAUUCCUCAGUUCGACCUGAUGGACAUGGCCUACGAGAACUUUACUAUGUCCUUUGAUACAGGCACAUACAGCGUACUGCAAGCCAACUUCACCGUAUCGCGUGAGCGUGGCUUCUACCUGAUAAACAUGUACUUUCCUACGCUACUGAGCGUUGUCAUUUCCUGGUUCGCCUUCUACCUUCCCCGGACCAACGCUCCCGGAAGACUCUUCCUAGAUCUCGGCAUGCUACUAAACCUGCUCUCAGUGAACAGAGGCGUGCGCUCGGAGCUGCCCCCGGUGUCGUACAUGAAGGCACUGGACGUGUGGAUGGGAGGCUGCAUUUGCGCCGUGUUCGCAUCCCUGCUCGUCUUCUCCUUGGUGAACUACUUGGGACGCAUCAAGCUGCGGCCGAAGCUGUACCGAAAGGUCGACGAUGCCGCAUUUGUACUUGUGACGCGAAAGGAGGAGCUGGCCGAAGAUCCAGAGAACUACGACAGCAAAGAGUACGAGGAGCUGUACAGGAACGCCAAGCGGGCGGACAGCAUCGACCGCUUCGCUCGUGUCGCCUUCCCGUUUGUCUUCCUCGUAUUCAACACCGCCUACUGGUCCCUGUAUUCCAGCCAGGCGUACAUCAGUGUCCAGGGUGAACUGGAGCUCGCCUAG